CGCAGCUCGUACUCGCCUGGCCGUCCCUCGCGUCGCUUACCAGUCGAAACACACCACCGCCGCCGCCCUCGCCGCUCUCUCGACCUCGCCGCACCGCACCAUGUCGUCGUCGUCUCGCUCCUCGGCCUCGUCAGGCGCCGCCGCAGAGCCCAAGGCGGACCCGUCGGUCGGCCCCAUGUACCGCUUCGAGCGCUCCCUCCCUCACUUGCCUGUGCCGACCCUCGAGGAGACGGCCGAGCGGUACCUCACCUCGAUCCGUCCCUACCACACGUCGCAAGAGGCCGGCGCGUCGUCGUCCCCGCUCCCGUCAUGGAACAAGUCGGAGCAGGCCGUCAAGGACUUUGUCUCGUCGCCCCUCGUCAAGGAGCUCCAGCAGCGCCUCGUCAAGCGCGCCGAGGGCAAGGAGAGCUGGCUGUCCGAGUGGUGGAACGAGACGGCGUACUUUGGCUGGAGGGGUCCGGUCGUGCCCGGCGUCAACUACUUCUACAGCCACAAGGACGACCGCUCGCGGCGAACGGGCCCUUCUCGCGCUGCCGGCCUCCUCCGCGCCCUCCUCUACUUCCGCCGCCUCGCGGUAACGCAGCAGCUCGAGCCCGAGAUGGCGCGCAAGACGCCGCUCUGCAUGUCGUCGUACAAGUACCUGUUCAACGCGACGCGCCUCCCGACUGCCCCGUCCGACACGGCCAAGGUCUACGACCCUGAAACCCACAACCACGUCGUCGUCGUCCGCAAGGGCAAGCUCUACGAGGUGCCCGUCGUCGACGACAAGGGCGAGUGGCUCAGCGAGAAGGAGCUCGAGGCGCUCUUCCAGAAGGUCGUUGAUACGGCGGGUUCCGAGGCCGACGCUCACCCUCUCGGUGCGCUCACGGCGGCCGACCGCGACCUAUGGACCAAGGCCCGAGGCGAGCUCGUCCAGGACCCGUCCAACCUCAAGGCGCUUGAGCGCAUCGAGUCGGCCAUCAUCAUCGUCUCGCUCGACUCGAACAAGCCGUACACGCGCGAGGAGAAGAGCUGGGGCCUGUGGGUCGGCGACGGCAAGGACCGGUGGUUCGACAAGCAUCAGCUGGUCGUGUUCGAGAACGGCAAGUCGGGCUUCAACGGCGAGCACUCGUGCAUGGACGGCACGCCCACGUCGCGCCUCAACGACUGGCUGUUGCGGUCGCUCGACAUGGGCAAGAUCGACCUCGGCUCGUCGUCCCGGUCGGCGUCGGCGCUCCCCAAGGUGACGCCCCUCACGUUCAACCUCACCGCCUCGGUCAAGUCGGCCAUCGACACGUCGAUCAAGGCCCACCAGGACGUCAUGGCCAAGCACGACCUCGCCGUCCUCGAGUACGCCGGGUACGGCAAGGACCAGAUCAAGCAGUACAAGACGUCGCCGGACUCGUACGCGCAGCUCGUCAUGGGCCUCGCGUACUACAAGAUGGAGGGCAAGGCGGCACCGACGUACGAGAGCGCACAGACGCGCAAGUACCGCCUCGGCCGCACUGAGGUCAUCCGCUCGACCACGAACGAGGCACUCGAGUGGUACAAGGCCAUGGAGGACCCCAAGCGCAGCUACACCGAGUGCGUCGAGCUCUUCCGCAAGGCGGCCGCCAAGCACAUCAAGCUCGCUGGCGAAGCCGCCGACGGUCGCGGCGUCGACCGCCACCUGUUCGGCCUCAAGAAGGUGCUCAAGGAAGGCGAGGAGCUCCCGGCGCUGUACCAGGACCCGACGUUCGGCCUGUCGAGCAACUGGGUCCUGUCGACCUCGCAGCUCUCGUCGGCGUACUUUGACGGGUGGGGCUAUGGCGAAGUCGUCGACGAGGGCUAUGGCCUCGCCUACUCGGUCAACGACCGCAACAUCCGGUUCAACAUCACGUCGAUGAACCGCGCGCCGCACAACAACGUGCAUGCGUUCCGCACCUUCCUCGAGGAGUCGUGCAACCACGUGCGCGAGAUGAUGGAGAAGGGCGGCGGCGUCGUCGCGGCGGCCCCGGCGGCCGACUCGAAGCCCAAGAGCAAGCUGUGAGUCAGUAAGGUGGAGCCGAGGCUGUGCUUGUAGACCCUGUGCAAAGGAACACGAGUAGACGAUUCGC